AUGUUCAAGCCAGCCUCAAUGCGAACUUUGAGGGUCUCUUCCUGGGGAAGCGAGAUACCGCCAACAGUGUCGAGCGUACCGGAACCUCCAAUACCUCCAGCAGGCUCAACAAGGAUUCGAAUCUUGGCCUCAGCUCUUACAAACCUGGUUCGUUCUCAGGCAAAUGGUACACAUUACUCGAUGACCAAUGUGCCACUGCCGUACGUCCCUGGCAUCGACGCUACUGGUUUCACGCCUGGCAACAAGCUCGUGUAUGUGAACCUGUUCCACAACAAGCCAAUUGGUGGUGGAUUUGCAGAGUAUGUCAGUGCAGUCGAUCGUGCCAUCACACCGAUUACAAUUUCAGCAGAUGCUUCGGAUGCAGAUGUUAGGGACGCGGGUAUCAAGGUUGCAAGUUUGAUGAACCCAGCUAUGAGUUCGUGGAUGGCGCUGAAGUAUCGUGCUCGUGUUGACGACUUCAGUUCAGCCUCGACCUCUUUCACCGUUCUCAUACUUGGCGUGACGAGCACUUCGGGACGUAUUGCAGCUCUGUUCGCCAGACACCUAGGCGCAAAAUCUGUCAUUGGUGUCGCACGGAACUCUGUUGAGCUCGAGGGGCUGAAAAAUGCAGGCACGAUCGACCAAGCUAUCAUCCUGAACAAAGAAGAUGUCAGCCAAACAGAUUUCACCAUCUUGAGCAAGAGUGUCGACAAUUAUCCAUUGAUUGUGCUUGAUUAUAUCUAUGGUCCCGUGGCUUUAGCGACUCUCAGUGCUCUUCCUCGUUCUGCAAAUCAGGCUGAGAACCUAGAGAUUCGAUAUGUUCAUGUUGGUACACUAGGACGGCAAACAGAAUUUGCACUUCCUGGUGUGUUGUUAAGGAGUAAGAACAUCACGAUCAGUGGUGCCGGGCCUGGGAGCUGGAGCAUGGCAGCCUAUGCGAAGGAGACGCCAGAUCUUGUGAAGGCCAUUUCGGAAGUGAUUCCUUCUGAAGGCUGGGAGGUUGAAUAUGGAAUCGUAGAACGCAAGCUAGAGGAUGUGGAAGCCGCUUGGGCAGAUGAGCAGAGCAGAACAGUCUUCGUGAUGGUCUAA